CAUUCAUGCUUAGACAUGUAACAUGUGGGUUAUAAUAUAAUGUUUAUUGAUUACUGGAAUAUGCAAUAAUCACUUCAAAAUAAACUUUAUUUCAGUGCCUACCAAUAUGUCUAGAUAUUUUAUGGAAUAAAAGAAUGAUAAAAGGUGCAUAUUUCACAUUUCAUGUUUUAAUAUUUUCGCUGAAUUAAAUACGAACAUUUCGUGGAACAGACGGAUUACCAUUUUGUGCAUGGCUAAUUUUAAAUGAUUCAUUAUAAUUUUCCCGAAACUUUUAAAAACUAUGCAAGAGGAGAAAGCCUUGAUAACAUUGGACCAGGAAGACACUCUAGAGGUGGAACAUUUUGAUUUGGACAAAGGCUGGGCAUGGGUCGUUUUAAUAGCGUGUUUCUUCGCAUUAUGUAUCCUAGGUAAUGCCCAGCUGUCUGUAGGGAUCAUACAUGAGGUCCUUCUGGAAAGGCAUGGAGCUUGUUUGGCCGUAACAUCAUGGGCAGGAGCCUUGAAUGUCGCACUAGUGUCAUUAACAGUGCAUGGUCGGACGGUUAGAUUUUGCACCUACGAGAAGCGUCGCUACCUGCCUCGUUCCUCUUUUAAGGACUACGACAAAUGCCUAAAGUGCAAUUGCUUGAGGAAUGGGCUCUUUUGUAGCAUAAUGGCUCCGCAGUGUCAAGCUACAGAGCCUUCUAUCUGUAAAUGGGUGAGGAUUGGCUGUAAGGGUUACUGGGUCCUCAAGAGCAAUAUGGAUAAGCGCUGCCCAGCAAAACAGAUUCCGGCACAUUCUUGCGUCAUCUAA